AUGCUGCAAGCCCCCUCGCAGAGAGCAACAGCCGUAACGAAGCGCACGAUGGAGCACGGUGCUCGGACAAACGGUCAUCAUGUCAAUGGCCAUGAUCAGCAAGCUGUCGAAGAGCCAGAGAUCAUCGAGCUCCGCAAAGCUGCGGGACCCGAUUCCUGUAGCUCCGUGCGGGACGACAUCGUCAGAGGCUUGCAGCGAACAGAGCGCACAAUUCCGGGCAAACAGCCAGAAGACGAGCAGUAUGCUUGGACCAAGUCUAUCCCUACCAUUGUGCUCUACGAUGAUCAAGGCCUGCAGCUCUAUGCGAAGAUCACGGAGCAGGCAGAUUACUACCUCUUUGAAGCAGAGCGCAACAUCUUGCGAACCCAUGGCGAUGAGAUCGCAAAUCGCAUGUUCGGCCGCAGACAUGCCCUGAACGUGGACCUCCCCUCGCAACAGGACGAGGCCCCAGAGGGUGAACACGACGCUCCACCGCUCAACGGGACUGCCGAGGUGAAGCGCAACGGCGACGAGAAAUGGGGAGAUUUUGAAGUUGGCGUACAUAAUCAAGGCGUCAAUGGCGCUCUGGGAUCGCGGGACGUUCGGAAAACGGGCUCCCUUCAUGCUCGACCACCUACCGAGCCCCAGACGGAAGCGGGAGUCAUCAUUGAGAUGGGAGCGGGCAGUCUGCAGAAGACAAGUCACCUCUUGCGCUCGCUUGCUCGGCUUUUGCCUUCCGAACACGACCCUUCUGUCUCCCGUGCUAGCCAGGCAGCAUCGAUCAAGCCGAGUCAGCCGAUACAGAAUCUGACUUACUACGCACUCGAUCUCGAGCGACCGGAGCUUGUCUCAACGCUCAGCAGCCUUUGCCAAGAGCAUCCGCACAUUGUGGCCUCGGACAGUGCAUCGCAUGACAAGAUUGUGGUCAAAGGCAUCUGGUCGGAUUACGAUGAUGCCUUGCCGGAGAUUCGCAAAGGCGCGUUUGACACUUCCAAGGCCGACGUCAAACGCUCGAUCCUCUGGCUUGGCUCUUCGAUCGGCAAUUUUGGCAGAGCGGAAGCAUCUGCUGCGCUCAAGUCCUUUGCACAAGCCGGUCUCCGUGCCGGUAAAGGCGAUACGUUCUUGCUCGGUGUGGAUGGCUGUGAUGAUGUCGCCAAGAUCGAGCGAGCGUACAACGAUCGAGCAGGAGCAACUGCCGACUUCAUCCUCAAUGGCGUGAGCAAUGCCGGCAGAUUGCUUGGCAAGGGCGCUGAGCAGUUGCAUGCCGACAAUUUCGACUACGCCAAUCGCUACAACCAGCUAGAGGGUCGACAUGAAGCGUAUGUCCGCGCCAAGCAGGAUCUGCUGCUCGAAAUUGACGGCCAGGCCGUUCGCAUUGAACGUGGCGAGCUGCUGUCCAUCGAAUGCAGCUACAAGCACAAUUCCGUGGAGUGUCAUCAGCUUUUCAAGGAGGCCGGUCUCCGCGUCAUUCAGGACUGGUCAGAUUCCGAAGGCACAUACAAGCUAUAUUUGCUCGAGCGACCAUCUUUCCAUUUUCCUUCGCCUUUCAUCACGAGCAAAACGAGCAAAGAGGGCGAUGUCUCGCCUUUCAAUUUGCCGUCCUUGGACGAUUGGCAGCAGCUCUGGACCGCCUGGGACUGCGUCACUAUGAGUAUGGUCCCUCGUCAUCUGCUUCACACUAAGCCAAUCGAUCUACGUCAUAUCAUCUUAUUUUACCUGGGGCACAUCCCAGCUUUCCUAGACAUUCAUCUAUCACGAUAUCUACACGAGGAGGCAACCCAUCCCGCUUACUUCCACGAGAUCUUCGAACGCGGCAUUGAUCCUAACAUGGAAGACCCUACGAAGAUUCACAGUCACUCGGAAGUGCCCAAAGACGAAGCAGCGUGGCCUUCACUGGCAGAGAUUGUCAGCUUCAAAGAUCGUGUCAGAGCGCGUUUGCGAGCAGUUUACAGGGGCAUCGACGGUGCUCAGCAUGUCGAGAGACGCCUGGUUCGCACACUCGCAAUGGUCUACGAACACGAGGGUCUUCAUCUCGAAACACUCCUCUAUAUGCUUGCGCAGAUUGGCGACAGAAUCAAUGCGCCCGCCGGUUUUGCAGAACCAGACUGGUCUGCUCUUGCAAAGCGUUGGGACGAUAGCGUUACUGCUGAGGGCGAUCUGCGCUCCAGCGAAGUGUCUUUCGAAGCCACCGAGCUCGAAUAUGGUCAUGAUGAUGACGACAGCGCCGAUGCAGACAUUGACUAUGAUGCUGCGCACGAAUUUGGCUGGGACAACGAAUCACCUGUGCGUAGGGUACAAGUCGACAGCUUCUCGAUUUCGCUGCUGCCGAUCAGUAACCUUGAAUACUCCUCCUUCGUGCAAACUCAGUCUGAUGCUACAUUAAUACCUUCGUCAUGGAUCGCCCUGCCCGGUGGAAACUAUGGCGUGCGAACGUUACUUGGUACCGUUCCGUUCCACGUGGCACAACACUGGCCUGUGAUGGCAUCCGGCAAGCAGCUUCAAGCUUUCGCAAUGUCAAAGGGCGGUCGUCUACCUACCGAGCCUGAGCUGCGUCUUUUCCUUUCUCGCUGUCUUGUCGACCAGCCCAGCGCCAAUAUCGGCUUUUGCAAUUGGCAUCCUGUACCGGCAGCUCUGCCUGUCACUCUGCGCGAUGGCAGCUCGACAGGCUCGCACAAUGGCGGCGUGUUCGAAUGGACCAGCACUUUGUUCGAGCGCCACGAAGGCUUCAGCGAUUCUAAGCUGUAUCCAGCAUAUAGCUCUGACUUCUUCGACGGCUGCCAUUCUGUCAUGCUCGGCGGCUCGUUCGCAACGAUGCCACGAAUCGCAGGCCGAUCCGCAUUUCGUAACUGGUACCAGACCGCAUAUCCAUACGUUUUCGCAGGCGGAAGAGUUGCCUACGACGCCUAA